UUCUAUUUGUCUUAGUACACAUUUUCUUCCUAACUUCUUAUCCUUGGGAGUUGGGCCGGUGCAUAUCGUGCGAAAACAUAACAUUCUUUCUUCUUACACUGAACCUGAGUUCAACAACGGCCGCAGCUCUGUAAUUUUCCAAAAACUAUACGAAAAACCCAUCUCAGCUGUGCCCAUUUUUCUCUGUUUGGUUUCUCAGAGAACGUGAACGACUAGCCUCAACUCCACUUUCCUGCUGCUUCCUCCCAUUAUAGUUGGCCGCCCACCUCUUCGCUUGCUCUUCAAGUCGGCCGCCCUCACUCCUUCUGUGUCCAGUUGCUAGCACUUUAAGCAAGCCGCUCCCUCUCCAACACUGUCCAGCUUGCCCACCGCUGUCUUUCCUAAUUUUCUCUGCCUCCCUGUCGUCCGCCCAACACUUUAGAUUUGGUGUUGAAUUUGUUUUCUGCUUAACACUUUGGCUGCAGCAGCCAAUGAAUAUUUAGUUGGUAGAGAUACAAUACAAUGAUUUCUUGCUGCAAUUCUCUGAACGUUAACUCUCCAUUUCUGCUAACCAAUUAUUCUCAGCAGUUAAAGAGCACCAGGCAUCCUUACUUGCAUCAGAGUAAAUUGCAGAAGAGAAACUCUGAUGGAACCACAAGAGGAAUGAAGGUCGUUGCUUAUUAUGGCUUGAAGACACCCCCUUAUGAACUUGAUGCUUUAGAACCAUAUAUGAGUCGGAGGACAUUGGAGGUUCACUGGGGUAAACAUCACCGUAAUUAUGUUGAAGGUUUGAACAAACAACUGAGCCAAAAUGAUAUUCUAUAUGGCCACACUUUGGAUGAACUUCUCAAAGUAACAUAUAACAAUGGGAAUCCUUUACCUGAGUUCGACAAUGCUGCCCAGGUCUGGAAUCAUGACUUCUUUUGGGAAUCCAUGCAACCUGGAGGCGGAGACAUGCCCAAACUUGGUGUUCUACAACAAAUUGAAAAAGAUUUUGGCUCCUUCACCAAUUUCAGGGAAAAGUUUAUACUGGCGUCUCUUUCACACUUUGGUUCUGGCUGGGUUUGGCUUGUUUUGAAGAGACAAGAAAAACGACUUGCUGUGAUCACGACUUCGAAUGCGCUAAGCCCAAUUCUCUGGGAUGACAUUCCAAUCGUUUGCUUGGACUUGUGGGAGCAUGCUUACUAUCUGGAUUACAAGAAUGACAAAAUAGAGUAUGUAAAUGUGUUCAUGGACCAUCUUGUAUCGUGGAAUGCGGCGUUGGGACGUAUGGCCCGAGCAGAGUGUUUCGUGAAUUUAGGCGAGCCAAAAAUUCCUGUAGCAUAAGAACACUCAUUGAUACUAGGAUUACUCUCAAAUGAUCUGACGAAGCGAUCGGGGGACUCUCUAAGCCUCAUAUAUGUAAUCAAGUUCUGUUUGAGGUUUGACAAGUUUUGUUCUCUAUAUUAGAUUUUCCUCCAUGAUGUUGUAGUGACAUGGAGGGUUGUUUCCUUUAAAAAUGUAUAGGUUGAUAACAUUAAGGCUUGUCUUCGACAAAACUUGAUUGUACGGAUUGUUAUUUUAUCCAACCUUAGACGACUUGGUUGUGGUUAUGAAUUCAAACCAACCCAUUAUAGUUUUUCGAGUGGUUGGUAGAGUUAAUGUAUUUAAAAAUUUUAUUUAAGAAAAGGAACGUGUUCAGAACUUU